ACGACAAUUAUUUGCAUUGCUGUAAUCUAACGUAUAUAAAGUAAGUGUUUAGUUGGUUUAUUCAGCCGUAAUUGUGUCAGUAGUGGAUCUGAGGAGCCAAGAUGCUGUCAGCUCGUGUGUUGGUCUUACUCGUGUCCUGCUUAACUGUUUUUUGUGAAGAUUCUUUUCUCUCACCAUGUGACAUAACCGACACGGAAUGCCUGCGAAAGUCGACACAAACCUUUCUGGCGAAGACUGCAGCUGGCGUUCCAGAGUAUGACAUAAAAGCUAUCGACCCACUUAUAAUACCAUCGUUGGAUAUUCUAUUCAAUGAGGAGCUGGGAAUGUCGAAUCACUAUAAAAACUUAACCGUAGUAGGAUUGAAAAAUCAACAAUUAUCUUCAUUCAGCUUAAAUAAAGAAACGAAGGCCGUUGAAUUGCAAACAAAGGUGAAUCUCGUUAUUUCUGGGGACAUCACCCUUGAGGCGAAGAAAAAGGAAAAAUCAUUACCCGGCACCAUUUCAAUAAAAGGAAGUGCGUUGUGUACAGCCAAGUACAACUACAAUUUCCAAACCGAUGACAAGGGUGUAUCGCAUUUUGUAUUGGGCCCAGAAAUAAUUACCUGCGACCCUAUUGGAGAUCCUGAUUUGCAAUUGAACCCUGAAUUAGUAAAGGAUAUCAAAGAAGCAACCGAUUUAAAAGAAGAAAAGGUAUAUUGGGGCUCACACAGGGAGGAAAAUUAUAAGAAGAUCUUUUGUAGCAUCGUCGGAGAGGCGUAUGUAACAGUCGUGCACAAUAUUAGAGCGGCCGCCAAAGUACUGCCCAAGGAAGCAUUCUUGAAGGACCUUUGAAGUAUUUUCAUUCUUUUGUAAAAUAAAUAAUAUUGUUUCAUCUCG